AGCGGAUGUGAAGGCGUCUACAAAAGGGCAAACACUGCAUUGGACCGUGCCACCUACGCAUGGCAAAGAGACAGUUGGCACCAUCGAGAUGGAGGUUCGCUGCAGAACUCCUUGCUUCGAGGUUUGGUUCUCAAACGUCCCCAGCUUCGCAAACUACCAGACCCAGAUUGUUCGAGACACCGAGCUAGCCUUGCCCGAGGUGGAAGCCUUUGCUUACGCCAGGGUGAGAGCUUUGCAAUAUUCUGAGGUGUCGGGUGAAGCAGCCCACAGUGCAUGGAGCAAUACGAUCAUUUGGGGCGAUGACUCUGAUGAGGCAACGAUUCCUCCAUCUAGCACAGUCACGACUCAAACCUUUACCACUGCAACAACUGUGACAGUGACAACGUUCACCAUCACCACUACAGCUACGACUUUGCCGGCUGGGUUGCCCACAACCAUGGAGCCCAUGUGGUUUCUUCCAGAAGGGCAAUUGCCGGAGUCGCCUGAAAAAGAUGGCGAUCAACCUGAUGGCAUCGAGGCAACGAUUAGCUUUGCUUCAACACCUCAGGCAGUCCUGGGCAUGAGUUCUGUGGCAAAAACGCAGGCUUUGCAGGCAAGCCUUUCCUCCAUGCUGGAAGUGCAGACUGGCAAGGUGAAGGUUCUGGCGCUCCGAGCAGCCAAAGUAUUGCUGCCUCGCGACCAGAGCCAAGUGAGUUUUACGCCUUCGCUCCGGUCACGCCGGUUAAUCAGCAUGCAGCACUUGACGGGCGAAGUGCAGGUCUGGUCAAAUGUCAGACAUUCCAGUUGGAGCAUGACAAGAGCUGACAAAGAAUUGUCUCCCGUUGUUUGCAAAUGUCUGAAGCACAUUUGGACAUGUGUGGAGAACUUACUCAAUUGA